CCUAGAGUUCCGCUGCUUCCACGGCAAGUUUUUCAGUUGACGUGUUUUGAGCGGGAAUUUCUGUGUAACGCUUUUGAUAGUGAAAAACAGUGUGAUAAAUUCUUCAACGUUCUAAAAAUGCCUAUAUUUUCCACAGGAUGAAAUCAAGAAUGAGUAAUUAGUUUUUCUUGAAUCCGCCCGGAUAAACUAAAUCAAAGCUAUGGCUGUGGAGACAACACAACCAACCGCCUCAGAAAUCAAUGAUGCCAAAACUCCGGAAAAAUCGUCCUCUACUACUCCUUCUAGUAGGUAUGGUCGCGCAAGAAAACCUAAAGUAUCGUCUGACUUCGUGGCCCAUGGCAAAAAUGUCAAAAACUUCCUCUCGCCUAGCUCUUGCGCAAGUACUACAAAUGGCCAAGCUCCUGAACCAUCAAAACAACAGGCGGUUUUGCGGAAACGAGCAAGCACUUCAUCGAACAGGCUUGCCAAUGCUGAAAAUGCUGGAACUCCCGGAAUCAUGGUAAAUGGCGAAAUUUCUAUCACAACGCCUGAAAGCUCCUUGCAGGCUAGUAGCAAUAGAGGUAAGAGGAAAGUUCAAAGCUCUCUUGCAGGUGAAGUAGUUUCAGGUACAACACCUAAUUGUUCGCUGGAUGAGAGCUCAUUAGUUGAAGCAAAUUCUAGUGCAAGCGCGCCACGAAGUGGAACUAAAGUUGCUAGACGUGGACGGACAAGACAAUCCAUUACGCCUCAACUUAAUGGUGACAUUCCUCAAGCAAACUUGAAAACUUCCACCACAGAAGUUUCUCAUGAAGCCAUUGGAAACACUACUGUUAGUUUGCUUAAUGAAAGCGCAACAGUUGAAGCAAAUUCUAGUGUAAGCGCGCCAGGAAGUGGAACAAAAGUUGCCAGACGUGGUCGGACAAAACAAUCCAUUAAGCCUCAACUUAAUGCUGACAUUCCUCAAGCAAACUCGAAAACUUCCACCACAGAAGUUUCUCAUGAAGCCAUUGGAAACACUACUGUUAGUUUGCCUAAUGAAAGCGCUACAGUUGAAGCAAAUUCUAGUGCAAGCACGCCAGGAAGUGGAGCUAAAGUUGCCAGGCGUGGACGGGCAAAACAAUCCACUACGCCUCAACUUAAUGGUGACAUUCCUCAUGCAAAUUUGAAAACUUCCACCAUAGAAGUUUCUCAUGAAGCCAUUGGAAACACUGCCGUUAGUUCGCUUGAUGAAAGCGCAACAGUUGAAGCAAACUGUAGUUCAAGUUUGCCAGGAAGUGUAACAAAAGUUGCCAGGCGUGGACGGGCAAAACAAUCCAUUACACCUCAACUUAAUGGUGACAUGCCGGAUGCAAAAUCAAAAACUACCACCACAGAAGUAGCACAUGAAGUCAUUGGAAGCACCAUUGUUUGUUCACUUAAUGAAAGCGCAAUAGUCAAAGCAAAUUGUAGUGCAAAUUUGCCAGGAAGCGGAAAGAAAGUUGCCAAACGUGGACGGCCAAAACAGUCCAUCACGCCCCAAAUUGAUGGUGAUAUUCCUGAUUCAAACUUGAAUACGACCGCCACAGAAGUUUCUCAUGAAGCCAUCGGAAGCACUUCUGUCUCCAUUCGUCUUGAAGAUAUUGGAGCCAAUUCUGUUAAAACACCUUCAGGUAGUACAAAAGUUCACGACGCCAAAAUCAAAGCGACCCCAUCUGUGAUGACUCCAGCCAGUGCAUCAACACCCAUAACUCCAUCAAGUUCAAUAAUACCAGGUGGUGAAUUUGUUGGAGAUGCGGAAAAAAUUUGGGCUGUCGGUGACUUAGCUUGGGGUGGAAUUGGAAAAUUCCCCUACUGGCCUUGCAUCAUAAUGAACGAUCCUGUUUCCAGAACACACGUUUGCGUAAAAACUAAAGGGAGAAGCACUUCUAAGUGGUAUUUCCUUCAGUUCUGUGGUGAUAAUGGAAGACACAGUUGGCUCCCUGCCAAAAAUUUACUAGAAUUCAUCAACAAGCAGCAGUUCUUUGAUUUACAGUCGAAAGUGCUCCAAGACCCUCGAAAAAAAGCAGCGUUCGCCAUAAAAUUCACCAUAAAACCUCACACCAAAGGUGGUUGGGAACAAGCUGUCUCAGAAGCUGAACAUUUGAUGUUCUUAGGAAGGGCUGACGACAGAGUCCAGCACUUCCAACGCCUAUACCCCAUGGAAGUGCAAAGAACAAAGAAAGAUCUACUUAAACUCCUCAUGGAAGAAGAAGUUCCAUCCAGUCAUCAGAUAUCACAUCCUACAACCUCUCAAGCCUCUGCUGAACCAUCUAUAAGCGCACUGGAGCCUGUUUCUCCCUCCCCUCCUGAGACGAGCCCAAUGAGCACAGACUCGCCCCCAAAAAAGCUUACAAUUAUUAAAAACAACGGGAAGUACAAAUUGAAGACGAGCAAAGGCAGAAAUCCAUUGAAGCUUUCAUUGAAGGAGAAGAUGCUUCCCCAAAACAAAUUGGCAGUGCUUAAAAUGAAAAAGCAACUCAAGAAGCGGCGCUUACAAAAAGAAAAGAAAGAUCGAGUCAAGCGAGCCUAUUGGAAGCUAAAAGCAAUUGAGCCGGCAGCUGAAAGCGAUGAAUUGAAGGAUCCAUCAAUGGCACCUAAAGUGCAAGAGGAAAAAGUCAAGAGAGCGUACCGGAAGAAAGAUAUUCCUACCAACUCAAAAUCUGUUCAACAGAAGGAAGAACGUGGGUCGAAUGAGGAGAGCACUGAAGUAGAGAUAAACGAAGAGGUUGAAUCAGUCUCUAAGGCAAAAAGGCAGAAGAGUCCAGUGAAAAAACGAAAGAAGAAGAAGCAGGACUUCGGACCGGACUUCGACUUGUACUAUUCUCAAACUUUCGAUCGCUUAUCAGAUGAACAUCCCGAGCUGAAAGAAGAGGAUAUUGAGAAAUAUCUGCGGAAAGUUUGGCUGGCGAUGGAUGAUAAUCAAAAACUCAAGUACCAACCACGAUUUGUGAAGGAUGAUUCUUCGGAGGAAGAAAAAGAAAGUGAAGAAGAAAGCGAGGAAAAUGAAGAGGAAGGUGACCCAUGCAGCUCUGACCCGGCCGUAACAGAGAGCAGCGAUAGACUGUCCUCUUCCUCCCCACCCCCUAUUGUGGAAGCAGUCUCCAAAAGGGGGAAAAAUAACAGCUUGUUCAGGGGUUUCAAAAAUGAGAAGGUGUGCGUGUUUUGUGAGAAAAGCGGUGAGACAUUCAAGUGCCAAGGUUUCUGCUGCGGCUAUUUUCAUAAAGACUGUAUCUCGAAAAGCAGAUCUGACAGUGCUCCAGUUGCUUCGAAGAAAGAAGAUAAAAAUUCAGGGAAAUCAAAUUCCGAGGCAGAGUUCUGUAACGAAUCCAGGACAGUUUCCGAGCCCAAAAAUAGCAUCCAUGAAGAUAAAGAGAGUUCUAAAUCAAACAAUGGUGUUGAAACGAAGCCAGACGGCGCCCUGGAGAAAAUCCAAGUUGAUAAGAAGGAAGAGAACAGCAAGGCUGGUACUAAAGGCAAAAACGGUGAUAAAGAUAGUGUUAACGGCGACUUCCUGUGUCACAAUUGCUUGCUGAAAAAGAUUCCACCCUGUUUUGAGUGUGGACUAGAUGUUCAUCCGAAAACAAAUGAAGAAGACAAGAUCAGAUGUCGAACUCCCUGGUGCGGUCGUCUUUUCCAUGAGAGUUGUCUACAUUCUUGGCCUCAAGCAAUUCUGACGGGUGGCUCAAAGCGGCGAGACACACUGACCGGUCAGAUACAGGACAAGGUGCUCACCUGUCCGCAGCAUGUCUGUCAUACAUGUGUGUCAGACAACCCUAGCGUCAUCAAGGAACGGGCUCUCCACGAGAAGCAACUCGUCAGAUGCAUCAAGUGCCCAACUGCGUAUCAUUUUGGAAAUUAUUGCGUCCCUGCAGGCUCGGAAAUCCUCAGCAAUCUGCAAAUAAUUUGCCCACGGCAUUAUAAUCCACCCAAAGCGAGGAAUCAUCAUGUCUCAGCGAAUUGGUGCUUCAUUUGUUCCUCAGGUGGAGAUCUCAUUUGCUGCGACCUAUGUCCGGCAACCUUCCACGCCCCGUGUGUCAAACUUACCCCAGAAGAAUACGCAGAUGGUUUCAUUUGUGAAGAUUGUAAGACUGGGCGGUUUCCGCUCUUCGGAGAGAUUGUAUGGGUCAAGUUAGGGCAUUAUAGAUGGUGGCCUGCUCAAAUUUUGCUCCCUCAUGAAAUUCCUGAGAGGGUAAUGCAAGCCUCCCACCUUCGAGGCGAGUUUGCCGUGAAAUUCUUUGGGUCCGGCGAUCACAAUUGGGUCAGCCGAGGGAGAGUGUUCCUCUACCAUGAAGGUGACUCUGCUGGUAAGAGUCUGGGUUCGAAGAAAAACAUGAACGACAAAUACCGCAAAGCAGUCGAAGAGGCAGCCGUAGCCCACAAAGAGUGGUGCGCAGCCAAAAUGCAACGAGAAGAGGAGUCACGUCAAGAAAUGAAACCGCCACAAUACAUUAAAAUUAAAGCAAACAAGUGCGUCGGGAGUGUAAAACCAGUCGAACUGAAUGAAUCCGGUCUGUCGGCUUGUGAGUGUGACCCGAACAAAGAAAACCCUUGCUCCCAAGAUGAUGAAUGUUUAAAUAGAAUGUUGAUGGUGGAAUGCAACCCUAUGAUUUGCAAAGCAGGUGAGCGUUGCAAUAAUCAGCGCUUUGAGAAGAGGCUUUACCCACCUGUCAAGCCAUUCCGAACAGAAAAACGCGGUUGGGGCCUUCGGACUCUGGUUAACCUUAAAAAAGGUGACUUUGUUAUUGAGUAUGUUGGGGAAAUUAUCAAUGAACAGGAAUACAAAAAUCGCGUUCAGCGCAUGAUGAAAAACAACGAUGAGAACUUCUAUUUUCUCACUAUAGACUCAAAUCGAAUGGUAGAUGCAGGACCUAAAGGAAACGUUGCGAGGUUCAUGAAUCAUUCCUGUGACCCAAACUGUGAAACGCAAAAGUGGACGGUGAACGGUGAUACCAGAGUUGGUUUGUUUGCCCUGAAAGAUAUCCCACAAAAUUCAGAGCUAGUCUUCAAUUAUAAUCUGGACACAGGGACAGCAGAGAAGAAAGAAUGUCUGUGUGGGGCUUCCACUUGUCGAGGGUUUAUUGGAGCCAAAAAAGUUGACAAAGUAUCCAGUAGUGAAGGUUCCAACCCAAAAGGCUCUUUGAAAGCAAAACGGAGGGGCAAAGAGAACAAAAAAUUACGCCGAAAACGACAAUCUGUAUUAGUUGGAGAGGAUGACUUUUGCUUUAUCUGUGAUGAAGGUGGUGAACUGAUUGUUUGCAAUAAUAAAAAAUGCCCGAAAGCGUAUCACUUGGAUUGCAUAGGGAAAAAAUCCUACCCCAAAGGUCAGUGGCUAUGUCCUUGGCAUUUGUGUGACAUCUGUGGGAAGCGGAAGGUGUUUCGCUGCGGUUUUUGUGUUAGCUCGUUCUGCAAAGAACACAAAACAGGCAACAUUCACCUGGACCCUGACCGUGGGUUAUGUUGCAAAAAGCACUGGGUUGAUGCAGACAAAAUAGCAACACACAAUGUCUCUGAAGGAAGCCUCUCUCAAAGCAUUGUCGAUGAAGACGGAGCUCAAGUGUCAAUUUCAACACCGAAGGGUGAGAAAAUGUCAGAAAGCAUUCUUAGCAACGAGCUUGGUACGCCGAUCUCGAGUGAAGUUGGCAUAGACAAACACAAAACACCCUUGAAACGUGCGCGCUGCAACCUUGAUUUCGAUACCAAUGCAUCUUCACCAGCAAAACGUGGAAGACCUGAUACAACUGAGAAAGUCCUCUCUGGUAAGUCCAAAUCCAGGGUGCAUGUCACUUCAGAUAUAAUGGUGGAGCAUGGUCAAACUCUUCCUUUAACCAAUGGUUUGCCCAAGAAUAACUUUGUAUAUUCACCUCUUAAAAAUCUGCCUGUGGUCCCGUUUGAUGAAGAAUUCCCUGUCCAGAAGAAACGCGGAAGAUCAAGUAGAAAGUUCGCUUCUCAACUUGAAGCUGUUGACUCAGUUCAAAUCGAAAAGUCUAAUUCAAGUGCAGCCAAUAGUAUUAAGGCCCAGGUGAAAAAUGACUCCUCGCAAUGUUCCUUUGACAAGAAGAAUACUCAAAACAAAGCCAGCAAAUUUAAUGCAUUUGUAUCGCCUGAUAGUGUACCCUUGAAAGCUCAGGGUCAGAGAAAAAAAAGAUCAGUCAAUUCUACGAGGAAGCAAAUCGGUAGUCCAAAUUCUGCAAAUCAAAAUGGUGAGAAAUCAAAUGAAAUUAAUGUUUUUGAGAAUGAGUCCGACUCGCAGACGAGCUCAUGUGAUGAUGAAUCAGCGUCACCUGUCGAAAAACAGAACAGACGAAUUAGGAAAAACAAUCUCUCCACCAUUGAUAUCAAUCAAAUUAUAGGUGUAACGGAUCCAACCAUGAGUGAUAGCUUACAAGAAAUAAAUUGUGCGGGUAAAACUAACUCAGUGAAUAACACUGAUACUAGUGGUGAUCAAACUAAUCGUGAUAAAACUAAUGGUUUCGAUACCAAGGAUAGUGUUGUUAGCAGCAAAACACCGAAUCUUGUUGAUAAAUCCGUUGUUGCAAGUGAAAAAUUUAGUUCUGAUUUCAAUAAUAAAAUUGAUAAUGGUCAAUCGAACCCUGAGCCUAGCGUUGGCAAUUCUGCAAGAGUAAAUUCCAAUACUGAAGGGAGUGAUGUGGCGAAUAAUAUAGAUUUGGACAUUGAAACCGAAAGUCAUAAGUCAAGUGAAGUUCCUGAAUCUGCAGUCUGUUUUAUGAUCAAUAAGGACGUUGAAAAAAGCUCAUUUCAAACUAAUUUUGCAACGUACGCCCUAACAGAGAAGAUAGAGGGGUCCAUCUCCAAUCACCAAACGUCAGCAAUGCCUAAAGAGUCGGAGAGUGAUUCUGAUUCUAAUUUCAGCGGAAAAAGUUUGACAUUGGAUCAGGUUCCCAAAAUUCCCGAAAAAACUCAGACAAAUCUCCCGCAAAAUGCCUUGCCUACUCCAAGCGCAGAAUCCAGCAAAAGAUUAUCCAAAGGUAGUGGAAAUAUCCGUAAUGAAUCUCUUCCGCGAAGGUCCUCGGAGCGCAAUGCUUGUCGAGAGAAAAUUUCAAAGAAUCAGUCACCAAUACCGUCAAAUUGUCCAAACGUUGUCGCUAGUAUUGAACUUCCUGAAGUUUGCAAAAAUGCAGAAAACGCCCCUACUCAACCAAAGUCCUCAGAUAGCACUUCAAGAUUGGCUACGGAUAAAUCAGAAAGCCCAAAAUCUCAAAAUUCAGAUAUCAGUCAAAUAAAGCAGUCAAACGAAGUACCUGAAAUUCAGCCUCUGCCUACUAAAGUGAUUUGUGGCACUAAAGUAAUAAAGAAAGAUCUCCGAGUUCUGAUCAGGAAAUUGAAAGAAGGAGUCGAAACACAGAACGUUUCGAGUCAGCUUAAAAGGUCACAAUCGGAUAGUGGCUUAAGCGAAUUGACCAGAGAAAAAGAAUCUGGUAAAAAAGAGCUGUCCACCUCAACAUGUGAGAGCACAGAAAAGUUUCCAGACCUCACAAAAAAUCUCACGCACUCUGUUCCUAAAAACUUGUCUUCUCCUGCUAAAAACUCAUUUCAGCUAUCUUUUAUUGCCUUUCUGAGCAGUUUAAACUCUUCGAAAGAUGAAGAAGAACCAAUGGAAAUUGAUGAGCCUGAGAGUUUACCUGAAAAAUCAGAGCGUCCAACUAGGAGCCAUAGCAAAGCAUCGACUGGUGUUGUCUCGUCACCCAGUGAUGGUAAAAAUAUUAUUAAUGAUAAAAUUAAGCUCAAUGGUAGUUCAGUAGUUGAGAAAAUAACUAGCCCCAGAUUGCGCUCCCGUGAGCGGAAAUCCAGAUGUGAAGAAGUAUCCAAUGACCUCAGCCAAAGUUCACAAAAGCGGAAGAGACAGUCUUCGCCAGGUGGAUUCUUAGAGCUCCCAGAUAGCAAGAAGGCAAAAAGAUGAUAGUGAGUUUUGUCUGGAUGUAUUUUUUGUAAACACUUGCUGCGAGUCAUUUAUUUAUAUUCUAUCAAGUAUUUCGGCUCACAAUUAUCCCGGAUGGAUAUUGAUUUUUGUAGUCUGUGAUUUUAAGUCUGUUUAAUUGGUUUCACUAAGUAUCAUAACAUUCAUGACAGUUCAGGAUAUGUUCUAAUAAUUUAGUUCUCUAACGCUCAUCAAUGUUCUCAAGUUAAAUGUGGCAAAUUUUAUUGUGUCUCAGACAGGGGAACGUAACUAUAUUUCAAUACUGCAAAAUUAGCUCAAACAAUUCAAUUCUUUACAAGAAUAUGACGGUGCAAUUUCUGUCCAAAAUUUUCCUAAUGCUUGCCAGCAAUUAUAGGAAAAAUCACCAAAAUUUUCAGAUAGAAGUGCCAAUCAGAUUCACAGUAAAAAUAUAAUUUGCGAGGACAAAUUUUGCAGCAUAGAAAUGUAGUUGCGUUCCACCAUAUGGGAGAUAACAAUUUGAGGUCUGACUUUGUAAUCAUUAUUGAAGAGAAAAUUUGCAUGUAACAAAAACUCUCCUUUUGCGCCAUUCUGAACAAAGUUGGGCUGAGUUUUUAAUAUUUCAAAUUUAAUUGAUGCACACAAGUCUCAAAUUUGUCAGCUUUCACCAUUCAUUUUUCCAACUGUAAAUUUCAUCAUGUAAAUAUCCAUCAUGAUGGUCAAGAAAAAGCAAAGCAAUCGUGCAACUGUGCGAACAAAAAUGCGGCUUACUCCUGUAAGAGUAGAUUUUUUUCUACUGAGAACAGAAAAUAAAAAUUAUUCGUGGUCAAAAGGAGCAAACCUCCAAGAAUAAAUUAUGGGUCGAGUUGAAUUUCACUUUCAUGAAAUCAGAUUUUUAGCUGGGACUCCGUCGCCUAAAAUUGUUCUUUUUCCCUUGGCCAAAUAUAUUCCUAUUUCGUUUCCACAACGUAAGCAGUGGAACUUCUUUGACUUUUCUUUUGUAGUGGCGUUGUUUUUCCAAAUCUUGACACUGCCUCUUUGAUGCAAAGUUGUGAAAUUCACCUCAUUGCACGCUUCUUAGAAUUUUUGCCUUUUUUAAAUUUAUAGCCUAUAUGUAUGUACAAUACCUCUGUCCUACUCAUGAAAUUAAGUUUCCUUGUGAUAUAAACUGAAGUUUCCCGAUGUUACUUCUAGAAUAAGAUUACCAAAUUAGUAUUACAGAAGAGAAAGGGUCUUUCAUUUUCAGAUUAUUUUCAUUGCUCUAUUUAUAAACCGUGUUCUGAAACGAUGUUCCAGUGUAGUCACUAAACUCCAGUGUCCAGUGUUGAUCUCUAAAACUCUCGAAAUUAUGCAACACCUCACAAUUUGUCUGAGAAUUAGAAACGUAAGGCAGUUGGCAUUUGUCUGUAGGGGCGAAACGUUCUUCCAUUUUGCAGUAGUUGAGUAGUUAUCACAGGGAGAAAGUUUUAUUUAGAAAAAUACGAAAUUUUCUCGCAAUUUGACUGUACAAUCAAUAGAAAUUUUAGACUUGUCCCCCAAAAAUGUUCACUCACCAUGUUGAUGAUUAGGUGCUUUUUGGUAAAAAUAUCUAAGGAUAGGUUCACUGUUAGCCCUUCAGCAACUGAUGACUGAUGUGUUUCCUGAUCAAGUUUUCUGCUCAUUUUUGAACUGGCAUUACUCCUCAACUGUUUAAAUUAUAAAUAGAAGACAUGUUUCGUGAACUUCAAAAGAUCCUACUUUUCAGGUGAAUUGAUUUAUCAUGCUCUUCAUUCAACUGUCAGCCUCCGUUGGCUGAUGCCGUCCAGAAAUUAAAAACUUUGUCAGGCGUCAGUGGCUGACAUCAUCAUCAACAGAUUAAUUGGUGACAUUUUUGGUAAUUUUUGUCAGACAACCAAUGUUUGAUGUGCCCUCUCAAGUUUUUUAUUAAGUUUUGAGGAGGAACCGGUCAAAUAUUUUGAGAAAAUUUCAAGAACUUAAACCUUGUACUUAUUUUAAAGAAAGAAUGACAGCUUGAAAUUUAUUUCUCCAAAUCAGUGGAAGUAGAGAGAAAUGUCCUGUUGAGUUUUUUUCAUUUUUCGAUCUAUCAUAACACUUAAUGAAAACCUGAAGGUAACCAAUUACUGAAUCCUACGUCAAAUAUUCAUUGUGAGCUUGCAAGCAUUAACAGAGGUGACUGCUUGAAAUACUUUGCAUUUUAGCCUUGGUUUAGUUUUUCAUUAUAGGAAGACAUGAUUUUCUGUAUUGGACGUUUUUUUGUCAAACAGAACUAAGCACCAAUUUGAGUUCCUUUUGAGGAAUUUAGAAUGCCGUAUAGCGCGUUCUGUCAAACGGAACUAAGCGCCAUGGAAAAGCAUUGCGAGCAUAGGACAGAAUGAUCCCGACGCCCGGUUCCGCCGCCAAUCCAAGCCUUCCUCUACCUUCCUCACCCCAUGGCGCUUAGGUCCGUUUGACAGAAAGACGUCCUAUUCACAUUACCCUUUUUCCUUUUCACAAGCAUUUUAAAUGGGAGCAUUUCAGAUAUUCCCUGCCUGCUUUCACUUUCUAUUUGCUGUAACUUUUCCGCAUUUGUUUGUUCUUUUUGAGUUAUUGUCAUUUGCUUUGAUUUUCUCUUUGUUCCUAACACUCAGCUAAAUAUUUUUAUUGUAUUGUACUACAAACAGGAAUAUUUUUAUUUUUGAAAAUUGUAUCUAUUUAAUUUUAUUUUAUUUUUGAUGAGGUAUGAAAGUGAUCUAUUUAAAAGAUCUUUUCAAUUAUACUGCCGUAAGAAAGAGCACAAUAUCCAUUUAUUUUUUUAUUUUGGGAUUUUUUCAAUAAGCAACAUAAUUUGAGAUGGAGAAUCUCCUAGAGCCUGUCAAAAUUGCUGAGUUUAAAUUAAUGAGAAACGGAACACUUGUUUAAUUGCGCAUGGAGAAUUGAGGUCUCUGAAAUGGGGAAACAAUCAUAGCGUUUCCAGAUGGAGAGUGUGGACCCAUCCAUACAACUUUUUUUGUUGGCCGACGCUAAGAAUGUUGAUUGUAUACACAAAAAUUGGUUCAGAUUUCGCUUUUACUGAUAUAUGCAUUCUGUUGAUUUUCUUAGCUUUGUUACACCUCAGAAACAGGAUGCCUAUUAUAUAAGUUCACCCUUCAUUUGAUGUCAGUUCACCUGUCAGAAUAUGAGUUUUAAUUUCAACGCAAUUCUCUAUCAAAUAUUUCCAGUGAAUGGCUGUCUGUCGAUUUUCUCAAAAAGUAGUUCUUCCACACACUGUGCUCUUUCUUACUACGCUGGAUACCUUUGAUAAUUUUAAAACCUACGACGAUUGCGGCUUCUUCCAAAUUCAAUUGGUCGGUGUCACUGAUGAAGUAGUUGAAGAACAAUUUUUUAAUUUCGGGAAUAAUACAUUUUAAGUUAAAAUCUCACUUCUAAACUUAUAUUACAAAGGAAUUUGAAACUUCUAUAUUGUUUCGAGGUACCAAGAGAUGAGAUGAGAUGACUAAUUUCUGAUUACUUAAUAAAAUGUGUUAAAACUUUUUCAUCACUGAUACCGAACAAUGCCAUCCUCUUUUACUAAAUAGCUGGAUCCUUGUUGGAUCAUCUAAUGUAAGAGGUUUUAUUGAAAAUAAGUUCGAAAUUUUGCUCACCGUGUAGUAGUCUGUGUGCUGCAACAAUAUAUAACAAAAAUGGAGUUGUCGUAACAUUCAACGCCCUUCCCUCAAACUCCUCUUUUCCUCUUUAAUCUUAAUGUAAUUACAUUUUUAUUUUUCAGAUCUCAAUAAUUUAGUUCAAUGACAGAUGGUUUUUACCCAUGAACUGUGUAGCUCGUGGACCCAAAGAAAAUAAUCUUAGGAUUUUCUGUAUUUAUAAUUGAGUCUGUUUGUACCUUGUCUCUGUCCAUUGUGAGCAUACUCUAAAAUUGCAUUGUGCAGGCUCAAAACUGCCUUUUCUUUGUAAAUAUCUAAUUUUAAUAUUUUAAAAUGAAAGGAUUGUAAUGAAGUGAUCGGCCCCAGAUUGAUUUGACCUUGUUGUAAUCAGUUCGAUGAGGGCACUUUUUGUUACUGAACUAAAUUUCAAAUUGGAUUGCAUCGUAGAAAUAAGGAAUUAUAUUUUCAGAAACACAUUAAACCCCAAGAAACAGGGGUGUAUUUUGUCUCAACCCUCUUAAUCUUAGGAGGUUUGGCAAAAAAUUGUUAAUGUUUUCUAGGAAAUCUACGAAAGUGGCCAUUUUUUGUUUGUUUUUUUUUUUUUUAAAGAAAAAAAUAUAUAAGAUCUCCUUAAAUGGGAGGGGAGGGCAGUAUCAAAAAUAAAAAAUUAAAGUAAGGAACUCCUUUAUCUCAAAAUCAAAUACUUUAUCAGACUGGAAAACCAUUUUGCUCUGUAAAUAUGGCGUCAGUGGAGUCUUAAAUUUUAAUUUCAAUUUUAGCAUUGAGGGUGUCUAAUGUACACAUACGAACAAAGGAAGUCUUCUGUUCCCCAUGUUUCCUUUUUUUCUUCCCAGAAGAACAAAAACUCAUUCUCUGGCAUUCUUGAAGUUGUAGCAUAUGUAUUGUUAUUUGUUCCAACUAAUUUUUAUCAGGUAGAGAAUGAGUUUGAAAAUGGACCAGUGUGAUGGCAACUUAAUGGUCAUAACGGGUAGCAAGGAUUCUGUGCAAGGACUUCAUGAGUUAUCUUGAAUGUAAUAACUUCUGAAUAAUUUAGAAAAACUAGAAUUUGUUAACGCAGGUAUAAUGUCGAUUAAGAAAAUGAUGUAAAAUAAAAACGAAGUAUGAGGAACUGAUCAACUGAUCAAGGCGACACUUGAAAAUUACUCAACCAAUCUGCGAAGUAGGUUAAUUUUAUCAAUGUUUGCGUGAAAGUUCUUUAACUAAUUUUAAGCACCAGUUAACUGGCCUAUUUUUUGUUUUACCACUCAGGUUUUUAUCAUGUGUAUAACCGUAAAUGAGUUGUGGAAAUGGCACCAAAUUUACCUAUUUAUUCUAGCCUUUCCGCUGUAUGAAUUCAUAUCCAUUAGAUGAGGCCUAGAUCAGCGAUCCUGUGUAAAUUUCAUUUGUUCAUUACUUGUGAAAACUUUUAAGUGAAGCUUUUAUUUUUAAGAGACAUUUGAGCUGAUAUAAUUCCAAAAAAAUUGUUUGUAACUAUGUGUCUUCUAUUGAAAGGAGAUGUAAUUAAAUCAAAUUCAUGAAAAAAAAA